AUGUUGAGCAAACGCUGGCAACUUGCAAGAGGAUUGAUGCGUGCAUCUUUCAGAUUGAAGAGAAGCUUGGAAAACUUCAUUUUUGCAAACGGUGAUUUUCGUAAAAAGAUGCACUACAAGUUGCCCCGGCUUGAUGUUCUGGAAGUCACUUUGGCGGACAGUGGCAUCAGCAAUGCCAUCCGGAAUCGCCAGGGCCGCGCCGUGUCCGUUCAGACCAUGGAAGCCAAUCGCAUUUGGUUCAUGAUUCAUAUGUACGAGCCCAAGCAUCUCUGGAUCAAUUGCGGCAGGCAGAAUCCUUCAAAGAUAUUUUGGCCUAGAGGGCUGCUUGACGACCUUUACGAACAUCAGAUUGAGCAAGGGCGUCAUUUCCAUGUUUGCUGUGGUCAAAAUAUCUUUGCGGAGUCCACUCCAGAAUUGCAGGACGUGAUGCAUGGCACCAUGUGCGCAGUCCACUUUCCUUCGGAAGUGAUGGGAUUGGGAAAGAUGAGCGGCAACAAGUUUCUGAACAAGAAGAGCUUUAUCUACACAACAUCCCGAGUGGUUCACGAAGCCACCAAUACCCAUAGGGCGAAGAGGCACCUUUCCAAUCCCGGUCAGCUCCCAAGCAACACGCCUGCACCACGAAGCCAGACAUGGCAGCUCCGACUGGCUGAGCAUGCAGCAGCAGCAAUGAUCUCGGAUUGCAGUGUUCCUUUGUAUCUGUCUGAGCUACUCGUGACAAACCUUAAGCGUGACGGGGACAUCAACUUGAGUAAUCAUGCCGCGCUUGAAAAUGCUCAGCAAGUUGUGAAGCGCCGACGGCUUCUUCGGAGGCAACCGCCUGAGGUGAGCAAACCUCGGGAUCAGCAAUCUGAGGCCUCGUGGGUUCAGGAGUUGAUCCCGCAAUUUGAAGUCAAACGUGUCGUGAUGGCUCGUGGCACCAAUCGCGUCCAACCGCCGAAGCCCGGCCUUGAGAUUCAGGACAUUCCUUUCGUCAAACAGUAG